AACGGAACAAUAUCUCCUGAUCGUUUUAUUAGAGCCAGCUUAGCACAUACCAACUCUGAUAGCCUGUCGUGCGCUAAGCAUAGUCUCCCCGCAAGAAUGGUAACCCUCCAAACCAUCCAAGCGCACAACGCAACCCUCAAAGCCCUACCUCCAAGCCUCGUGGCCGUCUUCGUAGGCGGCACAUCCGGCAUCUCCCUCUCCACCGCGCGGAGUCUAGCGCGCCACACCACCGCCCCGAAAAUCUACCUCAUCGGCCGCAGCCAACCCGCCGCCGACCGCGCCAUCGCCGAGCUGAAAUCCAUCAACCCGGCCGCCCAACCCACCUUCCUGCAAGCCGACAUCUCCUUACUCCACAAUGUCGACCGCGUCUGCGCCGAGAUCACCGCCCGCGAGUCCCGCCUGAAUCUCCUCUUCAUGACGCCCGGGCACAUGACCCUCAAGGGACGGGUGGAGACAGCCGAGGGGCUGGAUCGGAAGCUGUCCCUGCAUUAUUAUGCGCGCAUGCGGUUUGUGCUGAGGUUGAUGCCGUUGCUUGCUGCUGCUGCUGCUGCUACUGCUGCACCGUCUUCGGUUUCUGCCCCGGGAAGUGCAGGUGCAGGUGGCCUCUCGCGGGUGGUUUCCGUGCUGGAUCCGCAGGUCGCGGUGCGUGCCGGCGGCGCAGGCAAGCUAGAUUACAACGACCUGAGUCUCAAAGACACGUUUAGUUUGAAGAAAUGCGGGCAUCAUGCGAGCUUGAUGGGGAAUUUUUUCCUCGAGGGGCUGGCGACGCGGUACCCUCACACUUCGUUUGUGCAUGCGUAUCCGUCGGGGGUGGCGACGGGGUUGAUGCGCGAGAUGCCUGGUGGGGAGGGGUGGUGGACGUCGAUCUUGCUCAAGGUGUUGGCGCCUUUUAUGGUGCCGCUGGAGGAGAGUGGCGAGCGGCAUUUGUUUGCGGCGACGAGUGCGCGGUAUCCUCCGCGUGGGGAGCGGAGGGGUGAGCCUGGCGAGGUGGUGGUGGGGAGUGAUGAGGUCAAGGGGGGUGGUUCGUACUGGUUGAACAGGGAUGGGGAGGCGUUUCUCCCGAACAGGAAGAUGGAUGGGACGCGAGAGGAGGGCGCUGUGGAGAAGGUGUGGGCUCAUACGCAGGCGGUGUUCCGAAGAAUCUGCGAGGAGGGGAGGAGGUAUCCAUGAGUGUUCGUUGUCCAGUACCAUUCAGUGGGGGGGCGGGUUAGGGCUUCGAUGCUAGUACUACAUAAUAGUUAAGCUUCUGGUGAUAAGCCCUGCCUGGACGUCUACCUGGUCCAGUAUGUGCGCACCGGAAAAAAGAAUAUCGAUCAGGCAACAAUGAAUACCAAACACGACAAUAAAACUACCGGACGAGAAUCAGACAGGACAAAUGCUACAUCUUCCCCCCACUAGCAAGGCUCACAAUGUUCCGCCAUUCGAGUUCGUCUGGCGUGUCCGCAUGAAUGGACAGUUUGAUAUCCACCGCGUUCCGCAGCUUCUCCUUGGUGGUCGCAUACAACAUGCAAAGCUACGAGCAUGGUCAACGCCUAGCAUAGAUUCUCAGAGAGAGGGUGCGAUAGCUCACCUUGAGGGCUGUCUCUUGUGGAACCCAGCUAAUGAAGACCAGCCGGGAUCGCUUGCCAUCCUCCCCCAGAUCAUAUUCCACAUCGUACGCCGCAAAGCGC